UACCACUUCCGGACGGUGACCAACAACGAGCUGGCUAUGGAGGAACUUAUACUACGUGACCGAAUCAACCAGAUCGAGAAGCUAAAAACUGUUGUGGGCAGGAGGAAAAACGGUUGUCGCCCCCUUAACAUCUUGAUUAUUGGCGCACGGGGGUCUGGGAAGUCUUCCUUCAUCAACUCCGUGGCAGCUUCCAUUGCAGAUGAUUAUUGGAGGGAAUAUGCCAAUAGCGGGGCACACGGCCUCCAACAAGGUUCAGCAAACACGGUUCGGAUCAAAAGUUUUACUGCAGCUGAAUAUGUGACGUCAUCAAGGCUACAUGGAUACGCUCUCCCAAGCAUCAUAGACAUUGCUGGGCUUGAAGACGAACAUUCUAAAAUUACAGAAGAGAUUUUAAGACUAUUAUUUUAUGGUCAGUUAGAAGAUCAUGUAAAUAUACAUUCAGUGUUUAAUUAUGGAAAACAAAACGGUGUGGAAUCAAUGCGAUGGAAGUUCUUCAAAUGGUACACGGCCGAUAGUUGUAAAGUUGAUCGCAUCAUCGUGGUUGCUGCGGCAACACAGCCUAUACCGGAAAAUCUAAUCCAAUGUGUGAUGAAGGCUGCGCGCCCGACCAGCGAUAGGUUCACAAGAGAAAUUCCAGUUUUUGGGGUCCUCACAAAGUUUGAUCAGGUCGACGAAUCCUGCAAAGAAUUUAAAGACAGAAAACAGAACUUCAUUGAAAGCCUGUCGCUGGUUGGCGCUACUCAUAGACUUGGGCAGUGCGUCAAUUAUUGUGAUGACAUCGACCCAAUAUUGGCAAGGACACACCAAACCCUACCAGAUGUUGACGUCCCUAUCCUAAGAUUCAUGAACGUGGUGUGUGGAUCUAACUACGUCGUCACCAAACCGCACGAGAGUUACCGGAGCGUACUCUUUUGGGAAGCUGCAUGUCAGCUAUGCAUUAUAGUGAUCGCUAUAUUAAUGUGUUUAUUUGGUGUGUUUUUAGCUCACCUGGCCCGAAGGGCAAUGUGAGCUUAUGCCGUACUGCGGCGUCCGUCGUCCGUCCGUCAAC